CUACGAGAAUGCCAUGCAGCCAGAGCGCGGUCUCUGCCGCCGGGCACCCCAUGCUUGCCGGCCGGCUUGACUCGGCAGCGCUGCCUUCUCCAUCAUCCUGACCCCAGGGGGAAAAGUACCUGGAGGAAACUCUUUAAACUGCUCUGCCACACAACACACCCACCAACUCACCUCAUGCCCGGGUCCCGGGUGGGUGAGGGUGAGGAACUCACCCAGCCAAGAUGAUACAUAACGUGGGGGCCGCUGCUGCUGUCUUCCCUCAUAUCCUGGGCCCUUGCGGGUGGGAGAUUGGCCCCAGAAGGAUCCCUGUCAUAUUGCUGCAGAGGAGGUGAGGAGGGCUCAGGAAGAGCCACCCAUCUCAGAGAGGAAAUCUUGCCUUCACUCCUGUAGACUCUUGUUUCAGGAGAGAAGGACCCGUUGAUAGCCUUUGCAGGCAACAGGAAACUGGAAGGUGAUUCUGCCCGGGCACCUAUGACCCCUCCUCUGUCAGCAUCAUGAGCCAGUUUCAGGUGCCCCUGGCAGUCCAAGCGGACCUGCCAAGCCUUUAUGACUUCCCACAGGGCCAGGUGAUGGUAGGGGGCUUCCAGGGGCCUGGGCUUCCCAUGGUUGGGAGUGAGACCCAACUUCGAGGGGGUGGAGAUGGGCGAAAGAAACGGAAACGGUGUGGGUCUUGUGAGCCCUGCCGGCGGCUGGAAAACUGUGGCGCUUGCACCAGCUGUACCAACCGCCGCACACACCAGAUCUGCAAACUGCGCAAGUGUGAGGUGCUGAAGAAAAAAGUGGGGCUUCUUAAGGAGGUGGAAAUAAAGGCUGGUGAAGGAACAGGGCCUUGGACACAAGGGGCGACUGUCAAGACAGGCUCAGAGCUCAGCCCAGUUGAUGGACCUGUUCCAGGUCAGAUGGACUCAGGGCCAGUGUACCAUGGGGACUCACGGCAGCUAAACACAUCAGGGGCUCAGGUCAAUGGUGCUAGAGAGCCCGCUGGACCCAGUCUGCUGGGAGCUGCAGGUCCUUGGCGGGUAGACCAGAAGCCCAACUGGGACGCUGCCCCAGGCCCAGCUCACACUGCUCGUCUGGAAGAUGCUCACGAUCUGGUUGCCUUUUCGGCUGUGGCUGAAGCUGUGUCCUCUUAUGGGGCCCUUAGCACCCGGCUCUAUGAAACCUUCAACCGUGAGAUGAAUCGCGAAGCUGGGAACAACAGUAGGGGUCCCCGGCCAGGGCCUGAGGGCUGCUCUGAGAGCAGUGAAGACCUUGACACACUGCAGACGGCCCUGGCCCUUGCACGGCAUGGCAUGAAACCACCCAACUGCAAUUGUGAUGGCCCAGAGUGCCCUGACUACCUCGAGUGGCUGGAAGGGAAGAUCAAGUCUGUGGUCAUGGAUGGAGGACAGGAGCGGCCCAGACUCCCAGGGACUCUGCCUCCUGGUGAGGCUGGCCUCCCAGCACCAAGCACCAGACCAGUGCUUAGCUCUGAGGUCCCCCAGGUGCCUCCCCUGGAGGGCCUGCCCCUGUCCCAGAGUGCUCUGAGCAUUGCCAAGGAGAAGAACAUCAGUCUGCAGACAGCCAUUGCCAUCGAAGCCCUCACACAGCUCUCUUCUGCCCUCCCCCAGCCUUCUCAUUCCACUUCCCAAGCUUCUUGUCCCCUCCCUGAGGCCUUGUCCCCAUCUGCCCCUUUCAGAUCUCCCCAGUCCUAUCUCCGGACCCCCUCUUGGCCUGUGGUUUCCCCUGAGGAACACCAGACCUUUGUCUCCGAUAGCCCAGCCUUCCCUCCAACAACUCCAAGAACCGAGUUUCCUGAAACUUGGGGCACUGACACCCCUCCAGCAACACCCCGGAACUCCUGGCCUGUGCCCCGUCCAAGCCCCGACCCCAUGGCUGAACUGGAGCAGCUGUUGGGCAGUGCCAGUGAUUACAUUCAGUCAGUAUUCAAACGGCCUGAGACCCUGCCCACCAAGCCCAAGGUCAAGGUUGAGGCACCUUCUUCUUCCCCAGCCCCAGCCCCAGCCCCCUGUCCCUCCCCUGUCCCCCAGAGGGAGGCUCCCCUGCCACCCUCCGAGCCAGACACCCACCAGAAGGCCCAGACUGCACUGCAGCAGCACCUGCACCACAAGCGGAGCCUCUUCCUGGAGCAGGCCCAGGAUGCCUCCUUCCCCACUCCCACAGACCCUCCAGCUCCUGGCUGGUGGGCCCCACCAGGCUCACCUGCCCCACGGCCUCCAGACAAACCACCCAAGGAGAAAAAGAAGAAGCCCCUUACACCAGCUGGAGGUCUUGUGGGAGCAGAGAAAGCCACCCCUGGGACCAAGCUCAGUGUACGAAAGCCCAUUCAGAUCAAGAAAUCCAGGUCCAGGGACAUGCAGCCCCUCUUCCUGCCUCUCAGGCAAAUUGUGCUAGAUGGGCUGAGAUCCCUAGCCUCCGAGGAAGCGCGAGCACCUCCACCUGGCCGCCUCCCUGCUCCACGCCCUGCCUCCCAGGCCCCUGCUGCCCCCUUGCCCCCAGAACCUUCUCUUGCGCUAUUUGCACCUAGUCCCUCUGGGGACAGCCUGCUGCCCCCUACUCAGGAAAUGAGGUCCCCCAGUCCUAUGGCAGCACUGCAGCCAGGCUCCACCGGUCCCCUCCCUCCUGCUGAUGACAAGCUGGAAGAGCUCAUCCGACAGUUUGAGGCAGAAUUUGGGGAUAGCUUUGGGCUUCCUGGACCCCCUUCUGUGCCCAUUCAGGACCCUGAGAACCAGUCAACAUGUCUCCCGGCCCCUGAGAGCCCUUUUGCCACCCGUUCCCCCAAGCAGAUCAAGAUCGAGUCUUCAGGGGCCGUGACUGUGCUCUCAACCACCUGCUUCCAUUCAGAGGAGGGAGGCCAGGAGGCCAUGCCCACUGAGGCUGAGAACCCACUCACACCCACCCUCAGUGGCUUCUUAGAGUCACCUCUUAAGUACCUGGACACACCCACCAAAAGUCUGCUGGACACACCUGCUAAGAGGGCCCAGGCGGAAUUCCCUACAUGUGAUUGUGUUGAACAAAUAGUGGAGAAAGAUGAAGGGCCAUACUAUACUCACCUGGGAUCUGGCCCCACAGUAGCCUCUAUCCGGGAACUCAUGGAGGAGCGGUAUGGAGAAAAAGGGAAAGCCAUACGAAUCGAGAAGGUUAUCUACACGGGAAAAGAAGGGAAGAGCUCCCGUGGCUGUCCCAUUGCUAAGUGGGUGAUCCGCAGACACACACUGGAGGAGAAGCUGCUGUGCCUGGUACGGCACCGGGCAGGCCACCACUGCCAAAAUGCCGUGAUUGUCAUACUGAUUCUGGCCUGGGAGGGCAUCCCUCGCAGCCUUGGAGACACCCUCUACCAGGAGCUCACAGAUACCCUCCGGAAGUACGGCAACCCCACCAGCCGGAGAUGUGGCCUCAACGAUGACCGGACCUGUGCUUGCCAAGGUAAAGACCCCAACACCUGCGGUGCCUCCUUCUCCUUCGGCUGUUCCUGGAGCAUGUACUUCAAUGGCUGCAAGUAUGCACGGAGCAAGACACCUCGCAAGUUCCGUCUCACAGGGGACAACCCCAAGGAGGAAGAAGUGCUCCGGAAGAGCUUCCAGGACCUGGCCACCGAAGUUGCUCCCCUGUACAAGCAGUUGGCCCCUCAGGCCUAUCAGAACCAGGUGACCAAUGAGGAAAUAGCGAUUGACUGCCGCCUGGGGCUGAAGGAGGGGAGGCCCUUCUCAGGAGUCACAGCCUGCAUGGACUUCUGCGCCCAUGCUCACAAGGACCAGCAUAACCUCUACAAUGGGUGCACCGUGGUCUGCACACUGACCAAGGAAGACAAUCGCUGUGUGGGCCAGAUCCCCGAAGAUGAGCAGCUGCAUGUGCUCCCCCUGUAUAAGAUGGCCAGCACAGAUGAGUUUGGCAGUGAGGAGAACCAGAAGGCCAAGGUGGGCAGUGGGGCCAUCCAGGUGCUCACCGCCUUCCCUCGGGAGGUCAGGCGCCUGCCUGAGCCUGCCAAGUCAUGCCGCCAGCGGCAGUUGGAAGCCAGGAAGGCAGCGGCUGAGAAGAAGAAGAUGCAGAAGGAAAGGUUGAAUACUCCUGAGAAGAUCAAGCAGGAGGCCCUGGAGCUGGCUGGGGUCUCUACUGACCCAGGCCUGUCUCUGAAAGGUGGCUUGUCCCAGCAAAGCCUGAAGCCCUCCCUCAAGGUGGAGCCACAAAACCACUUCAGUUCCUUCAAGUAUAGCAGCAACACAGUGGUGGAGAGCUACUCGGUGCUGGGCAGCUGCCGACCCUCGGACCCCUACAGUAUGAGCAGUGUAUACUCCUACCACUCCCGCUAUGCACAGCCUGGCCUGGCGUCUGUCAACGGGUUCCACUCCAAGUACACUCUUCCCUCCUUUGGUUAUUAUGGCUUUCCAUCCAGUAACCCCGUCUUCCCCUCCCAGUUCCUGGGUCCUAGUGCCUGGGGACAUGGGGGUGGCAGCAGUUUUGAGAAGAAGCCAGACCUCCAUGCUCUGCACAACAGCCUGAGCCCUGCCUACAGUGGUGCUGAGUUUGCUGAGCUACCCAGCCAGGCUGUUUCCACAGAUAGCCACCAUCCUGCCCCUCACCACCAGCAGUCUGCUUACCCAGGCCCCAAGGAGUACAUGCUUCCCAAGGUCCCCCAGCUCCACCCAGCAUCCAGGGACCCCUCUCCUUUUGCUCAAAGCUCCAACUGCUACAACAGAUCCAUCAAGCAAGAGCCAGUCGACUCUCUAGCCCAGGCUGAAUCUGUACCCAGAGACCCUGGUAAGAUAGGCAGAACACCUGUACCGGAAGCAUCUCAGAACGGGGGUCCCAGUCACCUAUGGGGACAGUACUCAGGCCCAAGCAUGUCCCCCAAAAGGACUAAUAGUGUGGGAGGCAGCUGGGGUGUGUUCCCUCCUGGGGAGAGCUCUGCCAUCGUCCCUGACAAGCUUGGUUCUUAUGGGGCCAGCUGUUUGACCCCUUCGCACUUCGCUGACAGCCAGUGGGGACUGUUUGCCGUUGAGGGCCAGCAGCCCAACCCCCACUCCGGAGGACGGCUCCGAGGCAAACCGUGGAGCCCCUGCAAAUUUGGGAACAGCACCUCGACCUUGGCUGGCCCUGGCCUGACGGAGAAGCCAUGGGGUCUAGGGGCAGGAGAGUUCACCUCUGCCCUGAAAGGUGGCCCUGGUUUCCAAGACAAGUUGUGGAACCCCAUGAAAGUGGAGGAAGGGAGGAUUCCAACCCCAGGAGCCAGCCAGCUGGACAAAGCUUGGCAGGCCUUCAGCAUGCCCCUGAGCUCCAGUGACAAGCUUUUUGGAGCCUUGAAGUCAGAGGAGAAGCUGUGGGAUCCCUUCAACCUAGAGGAGGGAACAGCUGAGGACCAUGCCAGCAAGGGAGCUGUGAAGGAGGAAAAGGGUGGCCCUCGUGUGGAAGAGGAGGAGGAGGAGGAGCUGUGGUCAGACAGUGAACACAACUUCCUGGAUGAAAACAUCGGUGGUGUGGCUGUGGCCCCUGCCCACGGCUCCAUCCUUAUUGAGUGUGCCCGGCGGGAGCUGCAUGCCACCACCCCUCUCAAGAAACCCAACCGCUGCCACCCCACCCGCAUCUCGCUGGUCUUCUACCAGCACAAGAACCUCAACCAGCCCAACCACGGACUGGCGCUCUGGGAAGCCAAGAUGAAGCAGCUGGCAGAGCGGGCACGGCAGCGGCAAGAGGAAGCUGCACGACUGGGCCUGGGCCAGCAGGAGGCGAAGCUCUAUGGGAAGAAGCGCAAGUGGGGGGGUGCCAUGGUCCCUGAGCCCCAGCACAAGGAGAAGAAGGGGGCUGUUCCCACCCGGCAGGCACUGGCCAUGCCCACAGACUCCGCGGUCACCGUGUCCUCUUACGCCUACACGAAGGUCACUGGUCCCUACAGCCGCUGGAUCUAGGUGCCAGGAGCCAGCGUACCUCAGCGUCGGGCCUGGCCCGAGCUGUCUCUGUGGUGCUUUUGCCCUCAUGCCUGGGGGCGGGUUGGGGGUGCAGAAGUCUUUCUAUAUCUACAUAUAUGGAUAUGCCUAUCAUAUAUAUGUAUUUAUGGUCCAAACCUCAGAACUGACCCGCCUCUCCCUUCCCCUUCGUCCCCAGCACUUUGAAGAAGAAACCACGGCUGUCGGGUGAUUCAGUGAUCUUAAUAUUUAUAUCUCCACAUUGUUUUAUUUUUCCUCUUGUUUGAGGGGGUUUUAUUUUCCCUUUGUUUUUAAAACUUUAUCCUUGUAUAUCACAAUAAUGGAAAGAAAGUUUAUAGUGUCCUUUCACAAAGGAGUAGUUUUAAAUUCCAUUUAAAAUGUGUAUUUAUUGGGUUUUUUUUUUAAGCGACAAUAGUAAUGGUAAGGGAUGGGCAGGAAUGGCCUGCAGUGCUGUGCCUGCCUGGUGAGCCCAGCCUCCUGGGAGCUGGCGGUUCUCUCGGCCAUCUGCCACUCACCAGCCAAGGGCAGCAUUACAGCCCCAAUCCAUUCCUCCCUCCCACAGGCAGAGGGGCCCUUGUAACCCGUCCUCUCCAAGGACAGGAGAAGCUGUAGACAUCGAGGGGCCCAGCCUAGAGGUGCUGGUGUAGAUCUCCCCAGAAACCAGGUUGGAAGUAGACAGCUUCAAGCUUGCUAGUCUCCACACUGAAUCCUCUGUCCGUUAUUUAUCAAGUCACAUGAUGUCCUGGUUCGCUAGGUAAGCACCUCAUGCUGGAGUAGGAGUCUAGAGGUUCCUGGGAGCCCUUUCCACCACAUUGAUAAGCCAGUGAGUACUGAGCUGAAGGAAGCUUAGUGGCAAUUUAAAAAUUGCCCCACAGUUUGAUACUGAAAAAGGGCUACUGUAUCUUUACAAACAAGAAGUUGAACCCAAGCUGUGAAGAGUCAGCAUGGCUCUGUGCGGUGCUGUGGUGGUGCAAGAGCCUGGUGCUGUAGAAUUGUGCUGGGACUUUCCUGACUCAGGGCAGGGGGUGUCCUGUAGGAGCUCAGCCAACCAGUGUAACAGCAAGUCACAUGCAUCGUCCUUAUUCCUGGAUCUCCACAUUGGACUAUGGUGCAUGCCUCCCAGCCUGCACGUUCUUGGGUGUGCAGGGAGUGGCCUACACUUCAUCUUAAAGUACAAGAGUCAAAGAUUUUCAACAGGUUGCUAUGCUUUUCCUCCCUUGUGGGGGCCAAGUCUCCAUUGGAUCACUUUCUCCCCUUCCUUGCUCCUGUAACACCCAUUCUAAAAUCCUGGUGCAUUCAUUAGUUCAUUUGAGAAUGCGGUGCUUAAUUUUUGUGACAUUUGUCGAGAGGUUGGGCCGACAGGUAGAAGCAACGCUCAUCUACAGCAAGUCAGACUUCUUAGAGUGUUUGUUUUUCCUGUGCUGUUAGCAGCAGUGGUACCAAGCUACUCAUGUGGACGUGGGGGGAGGGCUUCAUUGGGACACACGGUGGGAUAUGGCCAUGUGGUGAGUGACAGCCAAGCCCUGAAACAUCAGAAGUUUGUUAAGCAGUUCUCUUCAGAUGUGGUCUUCAUGAAUUGAGUUGAGCAAUCCAGUGACAGUGCUAAAGGCAAGUUCCUGAGCAUCCCUGUGCCUUGUGCCAGAGCUGAGAGCCGAGCGGCAGGGUGUUGACUGUAGCCCUUCGGAAGCGCUGGCAGAGAGUGGCUGUUAGGUGUCCUGAGCAUUUUUGUGGUCUGGUUUUAACUGUAAAUAAUGAAAAGAGUUUUUUAAGCACUUUUGCCUAGACUUAAACAGCAACUUGAAAAAAAAAAAAGUACAUUUUAACAUGUAAUUGUGGGAGAAAUU